AUUCAAGAAGCUAAUACUAAUAUUGGUAAUAUUAGCAAUAUUAUAGUUUUCGUUGACGGCGAUCAACAUGCAAACAGCUUGCAGGCUAUUUAUUGUAAUUUACAUAGAAAAGCUGAAAAUGUAUAUACACAUGUAAUAGUUACUGGUCGUGGAAUAAGUGGUGGAGAAUUAAUAAAGUCCAAUUCACUAUUGCCAAAUUGUAAUGUACCUGUAUAUGAUCUAGAGCUUCAAAAAGGCAAAAAAAAUAUCUUAAUAUCAAUUAUCAAAGAAAUAAGUGGUAUGUUGGAUGAAAUUCGACCGGAUGUUUUGAUUUAUAUAAAUGAUCCUAAGAAUGAAGCGAUACGUGGAGUUGACGCCGCAUUUGUUGCUGCUUCUCAGAUGAAUAGUACCAUUACUAAGAUUGCAAUACCUAUUGAACACACGAAACAUAUGUUAUGGUUAACUGAUUUAUCUAUAGAGGCGCUUAAAAACUGGAACAUUCCAAACAUUCAAAUACAAGUAAUUACUCAAGAUCGUCCUCUUUCUCUAUCACGUCUUAUGCAAUCUCUCAGUUCGUCUAUUUAUUUUGGUGAUAAUGUACAUCUCACUAUAAACAUGGAUCGAGGUGCAAAUCCUGUCACUGUUGAAUAUUGUCAAACAUUUAAGUGGCCUUUUGGUCAAAAGAACGUUCGAUACCGCGUGAUUCAAGGUGGCUUGGUAGCUGCCGUAGCAGAAUCUUAUUAUCCUACUACCAAUGAUGAUUACGCUAUAAUUUUAGAAGAUGAUAUUGAAGUUUCUCCAUUCUACUAUAUAUGGGCAAAAUAUACCGUCUUAAAAUAUAGAUAUGGUACUGAUCGAAGCUUUGUCGGUAGAAUGUUUGGUAUCAGUCUUUACAAUAUACGAAUCAGCGAACUGAAUAUGACUGGUCGUAAACCGUUUAAUGCUGCUAAAGUUUUACAAGACACAAAAUAUCCUAAUCAAUCUCCAUAUCUUAGUCAAGUACCUUGUAGUUGGGGUGCUUUAUUUUUUCCUGAAAUAUGGCGUGAAUUCCAUUACUAUCUGGAUGCUAGGUUAGCUGACGUUUCUGGUCCUCAACUACAGCAAAUAGUUGUUCCAGAAUCUAGAUCAAUUCGAUGGUCAAGAUCUUGGAAACGUUAUUUUAUAGAGCUUAUAUACCUUCGUGGUUAUUUGAUGCUUUAUCCUAAUUAUAAAAACUUUACCAGCUUUUCUACUAAUCAUGCAGAGAAGGGUGUUCACUUUAAAGGAAAAAAACAAACGGCAUUGCUCCUUCCAUUAAUGGAAGAAGAUUCUAUAUUGGAAGGGCUACCUGACAGUCAUUUACCAAAUUUUGAGGAUUUACCAACUAUGGACCUUUGGGGAACUGUUGUACCACCAAAAGAAAUAAUUCAACGUGGUCGUGAACUACACUCAAAAAUUUCACGUUGUCCUCCCAACAACCUUGAUGAACUAUCUUAUGACUCCCGAGACUUAUUAUGUGUGAAUAGUCAAACAUUUGUUAUGAUGGAAGAUAAAUGA